GUUUUGUUUAAUGUUAACUGCAGUAAAACUCAUGGUUACUAUAGGUAGUUAACGCUAGUUGGGGAGGUACUGGCCAUUAGCUAAGCUGGGUUGUACUACUUUGCCAAAUGGAGAUGGAUGAUGAGCUGGAGAACUUCAUCAGAGAGCGGAAGGCAAGAGUGGCUGAGGAUAAAGCCAGUCUAGAUCAAGACCCUCCUUACAUGGAAAUAAAGGCAAAACCCCACAGAGCCUGUGGGUCUACUGUUAAGGAGAACAUCCCUCCCAAGUCUAUUGCACAGGGGAAAGAGGAGAGUUGCAGUGUGGGUCUACCGCUUGGCGUGGAGUACGAGAGGAAAAAACAGAGGCUGCAGCAUGAGCUCCGUAUGGACUACAGGCGCUACAUGGCUCAGAAAAAACACUUUGACCAUGCAGAACCCGGACCAUUAAUUCACUUUGAUAACAGGAGGUCUGUAAAGCAACACCUGCUUGGAGACCAGACAGGUGUUCUUCCCAAACAGCGACCCUCGUCAUGGAGGGAUGCAGCCACUCUGACAGAGGACAAUAAGGGGCUGCAGAGGGCUCUGCGCCUCGCUGAGGUUAAGACCCUCUAUCCUGAGGAGGAAGAGGAGCAGUUAUCACUGACUCCUAGGCUUCAUGACAGGCUGGGGAGGCCAGUGGACCAGGACUCAGAGGAAGAGGAAUACUUCAAGGAGGAACUGGAGCUGAUGGAAGGCAGAAGGUGCAGACAUAUGGGGAUAGAGGCCAGUUAUCCUAAGAGAAGAACCAAUAAGACAGAUGGCAGGGAGAAGAGAGAGAAUCCUGCAGGUUUUGCCAGAGAAGGCAGGAGAUUGAGAGCACUGACCAAAAAUGACGAUGCUGAGUUUGCUACUGGCCUGAUAAUAGGAGCAGUUGAUACAGAUGAGGCUUUGCAGAGGAGGAAGGAGCGCUACAGACAGGAGCUGCAGGAGCAGAUAGCUGAACAGCACAGGAACAAGAAAAGGGAGAAAGAUUUGGAGCUGAAAGUUGCUGCGACGGGGGCGAAUGAUCCUGAGAAACAGCCAGACCGAAUCAGACAGUUUGGACUGAGCAGGAGAAAAGAUCCUCAGGUUUUGGAGCCUUCAGCAGCAGGAGAGAGUGAACUAUCAUCCAGAGGUCCACCUCAUAAUGAGAAGAUUGUAGUUAGAGAAAGAGAGGUCCCUCCUCCUGAGCAGCCUCAUGUAGCCUUUCAGUCCCCCCUGCUGGAGUACAGCUCUGCUCUGGGCCUGGGAGGAGGAGGUUUGUCUCCCAGCAGUCAGCCUGCUGCCCCCUCCUUCUCCAGAGCCAUGGACACUCCCAGGAUUCCUUUGUUCCAUCCACAUCCUCCCUCAACACUCAAUGAAGCUUACAGGAGCCCGUAUGGAGAACCUCAUCACUGCUAUGGCACUAGAAACCUGCUUGACCCAAACAUGGCCUACUAUGGUCAUUUAUCUGUUCCCGGUGCCGGCCUUCCCAUGUCCUACUGGAACGUACCACCAGGUGGAGGUGUGCCCAGCCAGUUUGGUAACCAUAGCCCUCACAGCCAGCACAGUGGAAGCAGCUUCCCUGAGCCACCGAUACAGCCCAGCAAUGAAGCUGCCACUGUGGACUCGCAGGUCAGGGUUUUCCCCUCAGAGAGAUCCAGGGCAACCAGGGAGAGGAUACUGAGCUACAGAAAUGCUCUCAAAGAACAGAUCCAGGAGCAACAGGAAAGGAGGCGUCUGGAGGAGGAGGAGAGGGAGCGUUAUGAGGCCCAGAUGGAGGCUGACAUGAAGAACCACGAGCCGUGGGGUCGAGGUGGAGGAGGAGCCCCUCUCAGAGACAGCACUGGAAAUCUCAUUGCCGACCUCAACCAGAUGCACAAGCUGAAUGAGGAGGCCUACAGCAACCCGGAGCAGUGGCAGAGGAGAGCCACGGCUGCCAUGACAGCACGGCAGGCAGAGCACCCUGACCCCAGCGAGAGGGUCUCUGGUACUGUAGCAGAGUGCAGUAUCCAUGACUCUAGAGACAGGAUCUCUGGGUUCACCCAUGUCCAAACCCCCCAGUUUGCCAGAGGCAAUGUGUUUGCCAACCAGCCCACCAAGCACCAGCUCCAGGAGCAGGACAAGUACAAAGCUUACCUCAAACAGCAGAUUGAGGAGAAAAUGCGUAAAAAGGCAGAGGAGAGGGAGCAGACCAGACUGGAGGAGGAGAAGGAGGAGAAGAGGCUGGCGGAGCAGAGGGCUCGCAUCCAGAGGGAGUAUGAGGAAGAACAAGAGAGGAAGAAACGAAAGGAAAUGGAGCAAAAGGCCAAGAAUGAAGAGCUAAUUCAGCUUGCUGAACAGAGGAAGAAGGAAAUGGACAGGAAGAAGAAAGAAGCAGAAGAGAUGGAGAACGCAGCACUGAGGAGGCAGUAUGAGAGGGAGAGGCAGGCUCGGGUGGAGGAGGUCCACAGGGAGCCUUCGCCUCCAAUCCCCACCCUGCAGAAGAAACAUGGGCUACAUCAGUACACCCCCAGACCCCCUACUGUUGACAGCCAGCAUUCUACUGCCCCCCUGUCUGAGCGCUCUUUGUCUGGUCUCCAGUCCCCUCCUGUCCCUGCUUGUAGGAACCAGCUCCGAGCCGCAGGUGAUCAGCGUGAUGUGUUCAGUGAGCUGUCAGCUUUGCGUCGGCAGCUUCGCAGUGAACAAAAACGGUUGGAGGGUCGUCUGCAGCAGGGCGACUGGGAGGAAUUAGACUCUCCUCUGAGUGACAGGCUUCGGGAGCGUCCCCAGGUGGAUGUGUUUGACAUGGCCAGGCUGCGGCUCCAAGCUCCGGUCCGAAGGCCCAACUCCAGAAACAUGGAGCCUAGAAACUUAAUGCGAAUCCACGACUCCCUUCAGCUCAAAUACACAGAAGGGAAGUCAAGGCUGGGCUCCAGUGAGGUUCCAAAGCUGGAGGAUGUAGGUGUGACCAUCAAGAGGAGGCACGACUACAGGGAUCCAUAUCACCAGCUCAGCAGCCAGAGGUCCACAGUUCAGGAUGAUUAUUUUGACCUGUCCCCACCACAGCAAAAUGAUUAUCUGAGGAGUGUGAUGGGAGGAUCUGCAAGAGGUUCUCUGCUGGAGUCAGAGAGUGCGUUCAUUGACCCCCUAGGCGAUGCCUUUCCAGUGCCCCGCACCCCAGAGUUUGAGAAGACCCCCCACCUGUCGGCCAGGGAGAGGAGGAGGCUGGCCAAACAGUCACAGCAUCUUCAGGAACGAGCUGCUUCCGUUGGCCAACAUGACGACUACUCCACUCACACAGGUAACAGGCUGCAGCAGGAGGUGGAGCAAAGGAGUGAGGGGAGGAGCCGGGACAGAACAAGUCUUCUAAUGGCUCUGAGUCGUCGUGGCAACACUGCAGGACCAGUGGAUCUGUCUGAUGACGACUCCUUCCCCCCUCAGUUUUCACUUCACAAUCUUAACCAUCAAAGCUCCGUAGAAACUGUCGCCACUGAUCCCUGGAUGCGGCCAGGAACAUCGGACACACUUAAAUGUUUGGACCGUCCAUCGAGGAGGGAGCGGUUGGUGACAUAGGACCCCGUUCCCUCAAGCCUGAGAGGUCCCAGUUGUAACAGACUCCGAAGUCUUUAAAUGAUGAGAUUAUGGUUGGUUUUAACUCAUGAAUGUCAGUAUGAAUGUCUGAAAAAUGCUACCUACUAUGUACUUUUUAAAAAAAUCAUUGUUUACAUCAAACAGUGACACACAU